AUUUCAAGUCCAGCCUUUGCGCUCUUCCAGUUUCUUCUCCUUCUUCUUCCUCUCGCCCAUUCCCUCCCUCUUCCUCUAGGGUUCCUCCAACUGCCGUCUUUUCGCUCUUCCACAGUCUUCUUCUUUCUUGCAAUUCCUUCAAUUCUUCCAUUCCAGACAAAUUAUCUGUCUUUCAGGUGAAAUAUGGCAUUGGAGGUUACGCAGGUUCUUCUGAAUGCACAGUCAAUAGAUGCAACUGUGAGGAAGCAGGCAGAAGACAGUUUAAGGCAAUUCCAGGAGCAAAACCUUCCUAUUUUCUUGCUGUCUCUCUCUGGUGAAUUAGGAAAUGAGGAAAAGCCAGUCGACAGUCGUAAAUUAGCAGGUCUGAUACUUAAGAAUGCAUUGGAUGCCAAGGAACAACAUAGAAAAUUUGAGCUUAUUCAGAGAUGGUUAUCCCUGGACAGCAAUGUGAAGACCCAGAUAAAGACUUGCUUGUUGAAUACGCUGUCUUCAGCAAUAGCUGAUGCUAGGUCCACAUCUUCUCAAGUCAUUGCGAAGAUUGCGGGCAUUGAGUUGCCUCAUAAGCAAUGGUCUGAAUUGAUAGGUUCACUAUUGUUGAAUGUUCAUCAACAAUCAUCACAUGUCAAGCAAGCCACCUUGGAGACUCUUGGUUAUUUAUGUGAGGAAGUUUCUCCAGACGUGAUAGAUCAAGAUCAAGUGAAUAAGAUAUUGACUGCUGUUGUCCAAGGAAUGAAUGAAUCUGAAGGAAACAAUGAUGUUCGACUUGCUGCUACUCGGUCACUGUACAAUGCCCUUGGGUUUGCUCAAGCAAACUUUAGCAAUGAUAUGGAGCGUGAUUAUAUCAUGAGAGUUGUUUGUGAGGCCACACUAUGUCCUGAAGUGAAAAUACGCCAGGCAGCUUUUGAAUGUUUAGUUUCAAUUGCGUCAACAUACUACGACAAGUUAGCUCGCUACAUCCAGGAUAUUUUUGGCAUUACCGCAAAGGCUGUUAGGGAAGAUGAAGAACCUGUUGCUCUUCAGGCCAUUGAAUUCUGGAGUUCUAUUUGUGAUGAGGAGAUAGAUAUCUUGGAAGAGUAUGGGGAUGAUUUUACUGGGAAUUCUGAUACACCGUGCUUUUAUUUUAUCAAGCAAGCACUACCUGCGCUUGUGCCUGUGUUACUUGAGACACUUCUUAAGCAAGAAGAGGAUCAGGAUCAAGAUGAAGGGGCCUGGAACAUUGCCAUGGCUGGGGGAACAUGUCUUGGGCUAGUUGCACGGACGGUGGGAGAUGAUAUCGUUCCGCUUGUGAUGCCAUUCAUUGAAGAGAACAUAACAAAAUCAGAUUGGAGGCAGAGGGAGGCAGCCACUUAUGCUUUUGGUUCAAUUUUGGAGGGGCCUGCUCCAGAAAAAUUAAUGCCCAUUGUUAAUGUGGCCUUAUCGUUCAUGCUGACUGCCUUGACUCAAGAUCCAAAUAACCAUGUGAAAGAUACGACAGCAUGGACACUUGGACGGAUAUUUGAAUUCCUUCAUGGCUCAAAUAUAGAUACCCCCAUUAUUCAUCAGGCAAACUGCCAACAGAUCAUUACAGUUUUGCUUCAGAGCAUGAAGGAUGUGCCAAAUGUCGCAGAGAAAGCCUGUGGUGCCCUCUAUUUUCUUGCUCAGGGUUAUGAAGAUGUUGGGCCGGCAUCUCCUCUGACUCCAUUUUUCCAAGAAAUUGUUCAGUCCCUUUUGGCUGUUACUCACAGAGAAGAUGCUGGGGAAUCACGUUUGAGGACCGCUGCAUAUGAAACAUUGAAUGAAGUUGUGCGGUGUCAAACUGAUGAAACAGCUCCAAUGGUGCUGCAAUUGGUUCCUGUAAUUAUGAUGGAACUGCACAAUACUCUUGAGGGGCAAAAACUUUCAUCUGAUGAAAGGGAGAGACAGGGGGAACUACAAGGCCUGCUUUGUGGGUGCUUACAAGUUCUUAUUCAGAAGCUAGGAUCAUCAGAGCCUCAUAAGUAUGCCUUUAUGCAGUAUGCGGACCAAAUAAUGGGACUUUUCCUAAGGGUAUUUGCUUGCAGAAAUGCCACUGUACAUGAAGAAGCAAUGCUGGCGAUUGGAGCCCUUGCCUAUUCAACAGGCCCAGAUUUUGGGAAAUACAUGACCGAGUUCUAUAAAUAUUUAGAAAUGGGACUCCAGAAUUUUGAGGAGUACCAAGUUUGUGCCGUCACUGUAGGUGUGGUAGGGGACAUAUGCAGGGCGUUGGAGGAUAAGAUUUUGCCGUACUGCGAUGGAAUUAUGACUCAGCUGCUCAAGAAUUUAUCCAGUGAUCAAUUGCAUCGUUCCGUUAAGCCCCCUAUUUUCUCUUGCUUUGGUGAUAUAGCACUUGCUAUAGGGGAGAACUUUGAGAAGUACUUGAUGUAUGCCAUGCCCAUGCUUCAAAGGGCAGCAGAGUUAUCUGUACACACCGCAGGUAUUGAUGAUGAAAUGACCGAGUAUACAAAUUCUUUGAGAAAUGGAAUUUUGGAAGCAUAUUCAGGGAUCUUCCAAGGUUUCAAGAGCUCUCCAAAAACUCAGCUUUUGGUCCCUUACGCACCUCAUAUACUUCAAUUCUUGGAUAGCAUUUACAUCAGAAAAGACAUGGAUGAAGUUGUUAUGAAAACUGCCAUUGGCGUCCUUGGAGAUCUAGCGGACACACUGGGGAGCAACGCUGGUUCUUUGAUUCAGCAAUCUGUCUCAAGCAAGGACUUUUUAAGUGAAUGCUUGUCUUCCGAUGACCAUUUGAUUAAAGAAUCUGCUGAAUGGGCAAAGUUGGCCAUCAGCCGUGCCAUUUCAAUUUAGCCUUCUGCUGGUUGGCAAAUUCUUUUUUCUUGUUUUUGUCACAUUUGAAGUCCUUGCAUGCAUAUGGGUGGGUGUGUUGAGUUGGGGUCCGGAUUGCAUCUUACAAGUCUUCACUCACAGGGCAACAGGAAGCUGUUCACUUCUAGUUGUCACUACUAACUCUUGCAUCAUCAUGAAAGCAUUGCUAACUCAUGCAUUAGCAGCAUCAAGUCGCGUUCUAGUAUGUCAUGGUAGAAGUAGGAGGAGGGUGCGCCCAUUAGCUCCCCCAGUUCGUAUGGCAUGGCUGAUUCAAGUUGUAUCUCUGACUUGAGAUAGUGUCCAACCUAGUGGGGUAUGGUUUUGGGCUGUGGAAAUGGAUCGAGUACAAGGAGUUGUGCAUUCACUCACUUGUUCUGCCCCUGCUUAGACACCCUCGAGCAUUUUUCUCUGAACUUCUACUCUAGCGAUUCUAGUUAUAAGGAGUUUUUACCCUUUUGUUUAUUUUUUCUGCAUCAGUCUUGUGAGUUUUCAUGGUCUGGGUGUAUUCUGGUCUUACCUGUGAAAUUCUCCUAUAUUUGUACACCUCGUUUGGUUCAGUUGCAUAGCAAUACACACCAUGAAGUGUCAUCAUCAUAUCCUAUAUUUGCAUUUCAUUUGGUCGUGUUUUGUAGCUCAACAUACAUGAUCAAUACGGUAAAUUUCACGAAAUCAUCGGGUCAUUUUUGAAGUACAGUCGUCAGAGUCUGCUUUUUCUUUAUUUGUUCUUUUCCAUCCGAUAUCUUGUUAUUAUUUUGGCAAUGAUGAUAUGUAUUAGAAACAUCACAAAAGUUGUGAUGUUAGCGUUUUUGGAUUCAGUUUUUGGGUUGUGUGGGACUUCUGCUCGCCUACCCGGUCGAAAGUUGAGUAUUUUAUGGACCUGUAUAUAUUAUUUGUACGAGGAAAAGUUUUGAUGAUUGGAAAUUUGAGGGUGCCAAAGAUUAUAUUCCUUGUCAA